GAUUAAGCCUUCAAAGACAAGCUCCAUGUGAGAAAAAUCGCGAUAGCAUAUCAUUUAAAGCAAAAAUGUGUAAUGAACUUGAUAAUCUUGCAAGAAAUACCAUAGAGUUGAAGCAAUUAUUUAAAGGUUUUAACCAAAGACAAAACAAUCAAACUGAGCAUAUUUUAUAUGGAAUAGUUAAUGAAAAAGAUCGAGUAACCACAAUUACUAAGAAUUUGCAUGAAGAGGUUAAUAUUAAGAUCAUCAAUAAUAAUAAAACGAUCACAUUAUUAAAUAAAAAAUGUGAAGAAUAUGACAAAUUAAAAAAGUAUCAUGAAGCAUUGCUCAACAACAAUGAUAAUUAUUAUGUUGAUUGUUGUCGUUCAUUACAAUGUGAAAAUUAUAUACUAAAGAAAUGA